AUGUAACUAUGUAACUAUGUUAGUCUUCAUUUAUUCAUUUUUUUAUCAUUAACAUUUGUUAUACAGCUUUACAAUUUGGGAUUUCAACCGUUGUUCCACUGCUAGGGUCCCAUUUAAAUUAGCACCCUGGCAGCAAGAUAAGUCGGAUGAUACUGCCUGCAAACCAAUACUUAUCUAAACAGAACACUGCAUAGAGAAUAUAUAUAUAUUUAUUUUAUAUUCUGUCUUUUUAUGUUUCUAGAAGGCAGUAAAUUCCAGAACAUCUUUGAAGAUGAAAAAGUACGCUUGGAAUCAUUUCAAGGAUGGCCUGAAAAUGCCCACCCUGACCCCAAAAAACUUGCUAGAGCUGGAUUUUUCUACAAAGGACAAAGAGACACUGUCCAGUGUUUUUACUGUGCUGGCUGUUUGGGAAACUGGGAUGAAAAUGAUGACCCGUGGAAACAACAUGCUGAGUUAUUCCCAGAGUGCGAGUUUCUAAAAUCUUUUACAAACUUGGACCCAAUAGAUUAUGUCCUAAUGCAGCUUGUUCCCCACCAGGAAAAAAUAAAGACCCCUAAAAACAGUGAUUUAGAUGCUCCUACAGAAGACUGGUUGACCAAGUUGAGGCAUCAGCUGAUGGAUAUGUACAAUAACCCACAGUUCACUAAAUUACUUUCUUUUGCUAAUUGCUCCAAUGUUUCCAUUGAUCUGAAGUCCCUAUUUGCAGAUAUAUCUGUAACUGCCAAAGACACCAAAAAUCAGCCUUUGAAGCAGCUUACGUUACCUGAUAUUCUGUCAGACCUGGUGGAUAUCACCAUGAUAGAAGGUGAAGCUGGCAGUGGCAAAACGGCUCUACUGAGGAAGAUAGCCAUUCUGUGGGCUUCAGGGACCUGCCCCAUGUUAAGCAGGUUCAUUCUGGUGUUUUAUAUCUCGGUUACUUUCAUUGAGAAACAACAAACACUCUCUCAGAUUAUCAGUAAACACUUGACUGGAUCAUCCACGUCACUCACUGAGGAUAUUCUGUUGAAAAUUAUAAAGCAGUUAAAGAACCAGGUCCUGUUCUUGCUGGAUGAUUACGGCACAAAGGACUUCGUACCUGAACCCAUAGAAAAUCUUUUACAAAAAAACCACUGGAACAGGGUGAGCCUGGCAGUCACAGUGCGCACCGAUCAGGGAAAGAAGCUGCGCCAAUAUGCAAGGACAAUACUGAGCAUCCAGGAUUUCCCUCUGUACAGCUCCAUGUAUAUUUAUCGACACCUUUUUUCUCAUGACAUUCCAUUUCUUAAAACUUUUUUUACCAAAAUGGAGUUUUCUGAUAUAUUCAAAGCUGUACUGAAGACUCCUAUGUUUACAUGUGCCCUUUGUGUCUUCUGGAUUCAAAAUCCAAACAGGGAACUAUCCAGUGACAUAUCUGUCUGCAAGGCCUACCUUAUGUAUACCAAGCUAAAGCACCCCAGGGAAACAGAAAGAGUUGAAGCUUUAGUAUCACUGUGUGGAGACCUUGCACUGGAUGGAGUCUUCAAGUCACAGUUUGAUUUCACAGAUGAGGAUCUCAUUGCCAUUGGUUUAUCUGGAGAAGAUGCUCUAAGCUUUGGACUCCUCAGCAAAUUCACAUCACAAAGGCUACGUCCUAUUUACAGGUUCUUUUACCCAACUUUCCAGGAGUUUCUUGCUAGCCAACGGAUGGAUGACCUCCUGCAGUCAGAGAAUGAAAUAAUGAAGGAGAAAGGCUUAGGUUAUCUGCAACAAAUAAAUACAUACUCCCAAGUUGAGGAACAAUCCAAUUAUCUAAAACUCUGCUGCCUGCAUUCUGCUGAAACAACUUCAGUUAUUGUGUCUCACUUGCUCUUUCUGCUGAAUAAAUUUGAGACUCCUGAUUCUCAAACAGAUAUCGAGUUCAGCUUGAAACAAAAUCCAUUGCUAACUGAUCUGAAACAGUUUUCACGUGGAAAUGAAAAAGUUCUGAUAUUAGCUAUCCAACUAUCUGCUAUGGUUAAUUCCGCAUCUCAGUGUGCAUCUCUUAUAUUGCAGUAUCUCAAAGGAAAAGAUAUAUGUGUGGAUCUGUCCUUUCCAAACAUGCCAUUGCUUCUGUUUCUCAAAAAAUAUCCAGAAGGAUUGUCGUUCAUUAGAAGCUUGCGUCUAGCUAUAUAUAAAACAGAAAGCAGCACACUGUCUAAGUUUCUUGAGUUAUCUACUGCAUAUUUUCCUGAUAUUCCAACUGUUGAACACGACUAUUCUAUGGCAUUAAGAUUAAACCCAGAUAUACCUAAAAUGGUAAACCUGUUUGAUUAUUUCACUCAAACUCCUGUGGACAUAUCUGAUCUAGAUAUCAAUACAAGUCAACAUAAGAUUGCUCUGCUCAAGAUUGAUGUGAAUGGCAGCAUUUCAGAUUUGGACACAUACCUUGGCAAUCUCUUAGCUUUCCUCUCUCUUGCUGAUCACAUAGAACUGAGACUGAGUCAGAGUCCUGGAUUUAUUGAAGCUGUUUGGCCCUGUAUUGAUCUUUACAGCACUUCUUUUGUAAAAUGCAGUUUUCAUGGAAUAGAAUUAAAUAUGACAGAACAAGAUCUGAUUCUACAGAUGUCUUCACUAGAAAGUCUUCAGAUGACUCAAAUGAACCCACCAGAAUAUCUACUUUCACAUCUGGACCGAUUUAGGCAAUUAAAGGAGUUAAUAAUGAAUCCGCCUAAUGAUGUGGAAGUUGUCCGAUUUUUUCCAGAUGGAUUUAAAGAACUAAGAGAUCUUGAAAAAUUAGUGUUGAACAAUGUUAAUCUGAGUAAAGAUUCUGGAAAAUUAGCUGAAUUUAUUGCAGCCUUCUCUAAUCUGACAUGUUUUCAUCUUGAAUGCGAUCAGUGUCCUGAAUUUAAAAAGGUUUUUGAAGGACUGUCCCACAAUAGAAACAUUCAGGAGAUCAAUCUACGAGGACGUUUUCUAUACGACAGUUUAAUGGUUUAUUUGGCUUCUCUUUUACCAUUGUUUCCAAAUUUAAAAAUAUUUGAUAUCAAGAAUAUGUAUUUUAACAAUAUGGAGAGAGCAAAUAUUUUUGUUGUAGCUUUGCCAUGUCUGACCCAACUGGAGGAGCUCUACCUCCCUGGAGGCUGUGGGAUACGCAUGAUACCAGAAACAAUUAUUCAGCAGUUCCAAUACCUCAGAAAUCUCAGGAUUAUAUCAUUCCCCAGCAAUGUGUUAAAUGAUGCCUGCCUGCUGCAGUUGGCACACGCAGUGAGAGAAGGACAUUUAAGCAACAUUGAGAAGCUAGAUCUUCAUGCAAACCAUGACAUUACCCAGUCUGGAUGGAGAGACUUUUUCCAGUUGGUAGAUCAUUUGCCAAAGCUGAAUACUUUGUCAAUUAGCAGAGCAUAUGGCAGGGAAAUCAAAACUGAUCCUUUAACUUUCAUUGCUUUAGUUCAGUGUGUGGCCAGACUUCCUAGUCUGAGGUCAUUAUCCAUGUUUUCAUGGCUUCUGGACGAGAAAGAUAUAGAAAUGUUUAAUGACAUGAGAAAAAAGCAUCCCCAGGGAGAGCGAUUUGAGCUCCAGUGGCAGUGGUUCCUACCAUUCGCUGCUAUUGUGAAGGACUAAAUCCUACAGAACAUUAUUAUUAGUGUUAUAUUUGUAUUAUACUACAAUUAAUAUAUGGUGUAUGGUUUAUGGCAAAGUACACUCUAAGAAAUGGGCCAGAUUCAACAAAAUGAAAACCCCACCGAGGCCUAAGGAAAUGCUAGUAAUUAAAUCAUUUAGAGGGAAGUGUUUCUUAUACAUGUGAAUCUUACCAAGUCUCUGAAUGUUAAUGCCUAGAAAAUGAACUCUUCAUUAGGGUCUUCUUACUGAUUAUACAAGUCAUAAAAUGUCUCUGAGAGAGAAAAGGGGGCACAUUUGUGUAUUCACAGGAUCAAACUGGGCUGACAGGACACCGGGAAAAAAUCCUGUCCCUUAAUGGGCCUGCUCCCCAGAAAGGCCACCAAAGUUAAGUAGACAUCAGAAGGUGGACUUGUGGUGUCACAGCCCCGGUGAGCCCCCAAUGCCCCAAUCUGACUUUGUGUAAACAGAUGAAGAAUGAUAUCUGUAUUCAUACCAGGGGAUUAGUAAAGACACUACCCCAAUAUCAGUAUGUUUUCGGGAUGAAGGAGGGGUGACUUUUUUAGUCAAGACUCUAGACCAAAGAUGACCAAACAAUGUUGAAGCUAUACUUGAGCUCUAGAUUUAAUCAUCCCUCUUCAGGAUGGACAUUGGUUGCCCAUGACCCUAAAGCAGAAUAUUCCAAUGGAACAGUUUUUUUAUUUAUCUUUUCCACAUAAUGCAUUAGUUUUAAUGGGAGCAAGGGUGUGACCAUAGCCCAGACAAUUCAGUUAAGUCUUCCGCCUCUGUAACAUCCAUUUACAUUAGGAUAAGAGUUAUAGUUGCAGGUUUCCAUCAACUGGAGGGCAAAGGUAUGAUGCUAGUCAUCUGGAUCCUCCUCUCUGCAUAACAAACUCUCAAUACAUUUUGCAAAAGAAACUACUGUGGAAUAUGUGGCAUAAAGCAACACACUAUCCCAUGCCUCCUGGCUGUUUGAAACCAAAGUGCUGUAAUAAAUAACUCUGAGAAUCAUUUUGGGAUAUACAGCGAGAGCACAAAUGGAAAGUGGAAAGUAAAAAGACUGGGGGAAAAACCAAUGUAAAAGGUAAAUGGAAUGUCUGACAAGCUAGCAGGAGCUAAAGAAAAUGUUUGUACUCUAUAUGCAAUUGAUAUAUAUAUAUA